AUGGACGACACACUGGACAGGACAACGCUGGCUACGAUCUCGCUGCUCGAGUCACGCCUUCUUCGAAUCGAGCAAAUUCUCUACGGGCCAUCCUCGCCCCCGUCAGUGGCACUCACCGAACCGGCUACCAGCUCCCUGGCGGACCUGGAGGAGCGGUUCGCGUCACUCCUUCGUCGUUUUCGCGUCUACUUCGAGCUGGUUGAGAUCUACAAACUCUAUCCUUCCUUCUUCCAGCCCUAUACCCGCACUCCUCACACGACGCUGCCACCGCCGGUCGAGCUCUCCCCAGAAAACACCCGCGCCACGGUUUUGGCGUACGCGUCUGCGUUCCCCUCGACCGCCUCGGCCCUCACGACGGUGACCUCGGAGACACCCGUGCCGGACCCCAAGCUCAGCGCCGAACUGGCGUCGCUGAUCCCGCGGAUGAAGGGUGUCGAGGCGAUGCAGCUGGCGCAGGAGGCUGAGAUGGCGGAGCUGCGGGCGCGCAGCGAGCGGGUCAUGCGGGCCUGGUACGAGGACCGGGUGCUCCAGUACGGGCAGUUCGUGGCGAGCGCGGAAGGACGGGUUGAGAAGGUCGAAGUGAGCAUCAGGAGAGCUGAAAGGGUCAGGGAGAUGGACGCCGCCAUCUGA